AUGCCCGAGGAUGAGGGACACAAUGGCCCCUUUACUGGCCAAAAUGGACCAGACGAGCACGAAGCUCAGUCCUUCCUGACUCCGUCCACCGAGGAGCCUGACGACCUCAUAGUCCACCAUGGCCCUUUCAUUUCGCCCCCAGGGACCAUGCCGAACACUAGACCUCAUGCGAAGCGCCAAUCUUCAAUAUCUCAGCCAACACCCGAUGGACAACGUCGCACGCCGCGUACUUUAAACCGUGUUCGAUUCGACCUGGACGAGGAAUCUGAGGGGGACAACCACCAAUGGAGUGAGGAGGAUCACGAAGAGAACGAACGCGCUCACAGCCCUGAUGAGGCUGUGUGGCUAGACGAAGAAGAUUAUGAGCUUGGAAACCGGAACACACCUGGGGCGCGCCAUGGGGGACAGUCUGUGCCUCUUUUGACCGAUAUCGAAGCCCCAAGUGUGACCCUUGCUACCUCAGAUGACUUCUUUCCCGAGGAACACUUGGAGAACGCGCGGCCUCGAAGUGGAAUGAAGAUGGCGUUUAUGAAUAUGGCCAACAGCAUCAUUGGGGCGGGAAUCAUUGGUCAACCUUACGCACUCCGCCAAGCGGGCAUGACAACGGGGAUUUUGCUGCUGGUGGCAUUGACCAUAACGGUGGACUGGACCAUCCGACUGAUCGUGAUCAACUCAAAAUUAAGUGGAGCGGAUUCAUUCCAAGCUACUAUGCAGUAUUGCUUUGGAAAAAGUGGACUUGUGGCAAUCUCGGUUGCACAAUGGGCCUUUGCAUUCGGUGGCAUGGUCGCAUUCUGUAUCAUCGUCGGCGAUACGAUCCCGCAUGUCCUAGGCGCUCUGUUUCCAUCACUGCGAGAAAUCCCUUUCUUGUGGCUAUUGACAGAUCGACGGGCUGUGAUAGUUCUUUUUGUAUUAUGCAUCUCUUAUCCUCUGUCAUUGUACAGAGACAUUGCCAAGUUGGCAAAAGCGUCCGCGUUGGCUUUUGUCAGUAUGAUCAUCAUUGUGGUCACUGUCAUAACACAAGGUUUUCGUGUCCCAGCAGACUCACGGGGGGAAAUCAAGAGUCAUCUGCUUGUCAACUCCGGAUUCUUCCAGGCUGUUGGCGUUAUAUCUUUUGCAUUUGUUUGCCAUCACAACAGCCUUUUAAUCUAUGGAUCGCUGAAGAGACCUACCCUUGACCGGUUUGCUACCGUUACCCAUUACUCUACGGGAGUGUCUUUGAUCAUGUGUCUUGCCAUGGGUAUAGCGGGAUUUCUCUCUUUUGGCUCAAAAACACAGGGCAACGUACUAAACAACUUUCCAUCCGACAACAUCUUAGUCAAUAUUGCUCGAUUUUGCUUUGGCUUAAACAUGUUGACUACGCUGCCCUUGGAGGCUUUUGUCUGCCGAUCCGUCAUGACGACUUACUACUUCCCAGAUGAGCCAUUCAAUCCCCACCGACACUUGAUCUUCACCACUGUUUUAGUCGUGACAUCUAUGGUGCUAGCAUUGAUAACGUGUGACCUUGGUAGCGUGUUUGAGCUGAUUGGAGCGACCAGUGCGGCCUCUCUGGCGUACAUUUUCCCUCCACUCUGUUAUAUCAAACUGAGCAGCGUCAGCCGCCGAGAAAAAAUCCCUGCCUAUCUUUGUGUUGUCUUUGGGUUGGUUGUCAUGGGUGUCAGUGUGGUACAAUCAGUGGCCAAAGUCAUUCGAAAUGACGGCGGUGGCCAUUCUUGUGCGGCUUAA